AUGCGUUUUAUCAUUGCGAUCUCAUCUCUUCUGGCCAUUGCCUCUGCGGCUCCAGCUUCAGGUGCGCAGAACUUGCAAGACCUACACAGCAGCGCUGCUGCCUACACUGAAUCCAUGAAGGCCGCAGGAUGCGACUGGCUGGCCUGUGUUUCCUCCCUUGCUGGUGAAAGCGCUGCUUGUGCGGCUGCUGCGGCAGAGCUAGGUGCUAACCCCAUUGCCGAUGCCGCUUGCAUCGCGAGCGUUGGUACCGGUACUGCUUCUUGCAGCAAGUGUGGCUAA